ACACCUCGUCGACGACGCUGGAAUGGGCGAUGUCGGAGUUGAUGAGGAACCCCGAGACGAUGAAGAGAGCACAGGAGGAAGUGAGAGAAGCCAUGAGAGGCAAGGGUAAAGUGGAGGAACGUGAUGCGGAGGGGCUCAGCUACUUGAAGCUAGUAAUCAAGGAGACACUGAGACUGCAUUCGCCAGCGCCCUUGCUGAUCCCGAGAGUAGGCAGGGAGACGUCGCAGGUGCUGGGAUUCAAGAUACCGGCAGGAAGCAGGGUCGUCGUCAAUGCCUGGGCACUGGGGAGGGACCCAACAUACUGGGGCGACGACGCCGAGUGCUUCCGGCCGGAGAGGUUCCAAGGAAGUCCGGUCGACUUCAAGGGGGCCAACUUCGAGUACAUACCCUUCGGAGCUGGGAGGAGGAUGUGCCCCGGCGUGCAGUUUGCGAUGGUCGGCGUGGAGCUGGUGCUGGCUCAUCUUCUCUUCUACUUCGACUGGGAACUCCCCCAUGCCAUGAAGCCAGGAGAUCUGGACAUGACAGAGAAUAUGGGGGGGACUGCAUCUCGGAAAUCAGAGCUGUUCUUGCUUGCUGCUCCUCGCAUCCCUCUCCCCGACGUCGAUAUAAGCUGGUCUUGA